GGGGCCGGCUGUUGGCGGCGGUUGGCGCGGCCGGGGAGGCGGCUGCACGUGCAGGCGGGGGCGAUGCGUCACUGAUAGGAGGAACAAGGAUGAAUAUGACUCAAGCCCGGGUUCUGGUGGCCGCAGUGGUGGGUCUGGUGGUUGUCCUCCUCUACGCCUCCAUCCACAAGAUCGAGGAGGGACACUUGGCUGUGUACUACAGGGGAGGAGCUUUACUAACUAGCCCCAGUGGACCAGGCUAUCAUAUCAUGUUGCCUUUCAUUACUACAUUCAGAUCUGUGCAGACAACACUACAAACUGAUGAAGUUAAAAAUGUGCCUUGCGGAACAAGUGGUGGGGUCAUGAUCUAUAUUGACCGAAUAGAAGUGGUUAAUAUGCUGGCCCCUUGUGCAGUGUUUGAUAUCGUCAGAAACUACACUGCAGAUUAUGACAAGACCUUAAUCUUCAAUAAAAUCCACCAUGAACUGAACCAGUUUUGCAGUGCCCAUACACUUCAAGAAGUUUACAUUGAAUUGUUUGAUCAAAUAGAUGAAAACUUAAAGCAAGCUCUGCAGAAAGAUUUGAACGUCAUGGCUCCAGGCCUCACCAUACAGGCUGUGCGUGUUACAAAACCCAAAAUCCCAGAAGCCAUAAGAAGAAAUUUUGAGUUAAUGGAGGCUGAAAAGACAAAACUUCUUAUAGCUGCACAGAAACAAAAGGUUGUGGAGAAAGAAGCUGAGACAGAGAGGAAAAAGGCUGUUAUAGAAGCAGAGAAGAUUGCACAAGUGGCAAAAAUUCGGUUUCAGCAGAAGGUGAUGGAGAAAGAAACUGAAAAGCGCAUUUCUGAAAUUGAAGAUGCCGCAUUUCUGGCCCGAGAGAAGGCGAAGGCAGAUGCUGAGUAUUAUGCUGCACACAAAUAUGCCACCUCAAACAAGCACAAAUUGACCCCGGAAUAUCUGGAGCUCAAAAGGUACCAGGCCAUUGCUUCUAACAGUAAGAUCUACUUUGGCAACAACAUCCCUAGCAUGUUCAUGGACUCGUCUUGUGCUUCGAAGUAUUCAGAUGUUAGGACUGAAAGAAAAAGCUCUCUCCUCUCUAAGGAGGCUUUUGAACCCUCUGGAGACAGCCCCAUCCAAAACAAGGAGAGCACAGGUUGAUGCAAGAGGUAGAAAUGUACUCCCAUAUCAAGAUGUGGCCCAAGGGGUUAAGUGGGAACAAUGGUUAUAUGACUCUUCAGAUUCACAGAGAACCUGUGCUCGCUCUGUUCUGCCUCUCCUGUGAUAGCCCUGGCUUACCAACUGAUUGCAGGGUAGAACCAGCUGCCUGGCACCCAAAUGUCUUUUCAGCCACAGUUCAUCAAGUAUCCUGUGUGUGUUCCUUUCUAAACUGGUACUUAUAAAUCCGGGAAAGUCUGAUGCUAAGAUACUGCCUGCACUGGAAUGUUAGACAUUAAUUAUAUAACAAGCUGUGUUCUUCUAAGCUGAGAUCUAUUGAAUAAUGUUUACAUUGGUCCCUGGGGAAAUGUGUGCUCAGCCAUUCAAGACAUAGGAGGCCAGUGAAGAUGGCCAGGAUGCGGUAAGUGUAAAAAAUAAAAAAGACUGAUCAUGUCUGGGACCCAGGCUUUCUUUGGGGUCCAGUCCCAGUAUUCAUCCAUGUGAUUAGUAUCUAGUCCACUGAAGUUCUCCAGGAAAUGAUCUUCCACUUGAGCAACGAUUUACUUGCUACUAUUUGCACCUUUUUUUCCCUAUAGUUGAGUUGGUGGCAUGCUGGGAUAUGUACCUUGCCACCCAAUCAGGGAUUCCUAAUCACUAGUUAUUAUUGCAUUAGUAGGCUCAGAGAUAAAGCUUGGUUUGAAGUUCUGGGUAAGAUGAAAUCUUCGCUUUGAACCACAGCUCUGGGGCCCAACUUCCCCUCUUUUGAAUGAUGACUGUCUGCGUCACUGCCCCAGGCCGUUUGCAACUAAGGUGCCUGGCUUUUAGCCACAGACAACUCCUUCCUUAGGUCACCUCUCAGCUCUGGGUGGCCAAGAGCGGGACAGGGCUUUAACCAGAAAUAGGAGCAUCAUACAGUUCCCAGCUGUUCACUGCACAGUAUUGUAUCAUAACUGCAGGAAGUUUUUAUUUUUAAAACUGGACUUGGGGUACAAUUAUUUGCCCCAGUACCUCUGCCUGAAGGCCGAAUCCUAGGGCUGUGGUUACUAGCACACUGAUUCUCCUCAAUAUUGUUCUUCUGGAGCCUACGUAGUAUGGGACAGAGUAACUUAGAAAGCAUCUUUGGUCAUCUUUGUCUCCUUUUUUCCUGGCUCGGAGAUGCUGAAAUCAAAGUUGUUCUCUGUCUUUUACCUUCCCUAGGAAGUCAGGAUUCCACUGACUUCCUGAGCAGCCAGGGGAUUUAAUAUCCCUUGAGAGGAUGACAGAGGGAGUUAUAAGUUAGCCUGUGGCUAUGGGAGACCUAUUCCAUCUGGGCCAUUUUCCCCUUCAGAUUAGCUUUCCUAAAACGGUGUGCCCCAUAGUUAGGCCUGAGUUUGUGCAGCUUGUUAAGACACCUUUCAUGUAUACGAUGUUCAAGCCAGACAGAAAAGUCAUGGGACCACUUGCAGAAAUCUUUCCACUGUCGAUCGUGUCAGUCUCAUGACAGCUUGCGGGUUGUGCCAAACAAUUUCUAUGGGGAAGGAGUCCCAGAUUUGUGUGGGUCUUUUCCCUGGGCCUUAUAGUAGAGAGGCAUUUGUAAUAUGGAGAGAAUCUGUUUCAUUUUCGCUUAUUAUAUAGUCUUUUUAUGAAUGAAUCUUAUGUUCUCUAGUCCUCCUUCAAAAAACCUUUGAAUUAUAAGAAUAAACUCUUCACCUGUCAUGUAUUGUUGCUGCAGAUAGGUAAUAAUGAUUGUUGUGGGAAAUUUGGGUCAUUGACCUUUGUGCUUUCUUUCCUAGAAAUGUUUCAUAUUCCCAUAAGCUAAAAGCUGUUGCCCCAAAGGGUUGGAUAUGGGUUUUCUUAUAAGCCCCCUGGUGGCAGAGUUGAGGAACAGGGAACUAGCAUUGUGAAGUUGUAAAGUAACCACUUCCACUUAAACUCUCCCUGGAGUGUGCUUCCAAGUGCUCGCUCAGGCUCUAAGUCUAUCCCUCCUGCAGGGAUGUUCCUUUUGGCAAAUAUACACUGUAAUCUUGAAGUCUAAAUUUAUAUGUGAAAUGCUACCUUUUUUAAAAAAGAAACUGAAUAAAAUUAUUUUACUAUCA